AUGUUGCCCAUUACAUUCAGACGGAAACUGAGUUUGGCGGAUCCCCCUGACAUCAGGAUCUACGGCCAAAGGGUUCUGGCCGUUCCUGAGAUUUCCUACUUGGGGGUGAAGUGGGAUAGUGGCCUCACUUUCCACUCCCAUUUUAAGAGUAGGAAAAUGGAAAUGGACUCCUUUACUUACAAGAUUAGUUGUAUAGCGGGUAAGUGGUUUAGCAGGCAACCACAACUGCUAAAAAAGAUGUACAAAGGUGCGAUGGAGCCUAAGUUAUUAUACGGACAUGGUGCAUGGGGACAUAGAUUGAAACUCAAAUCGUUCUGUACCUUUUUAAACAUGGUGCAGAGAAGACCCUUGUUGGCAAUUGCAAGGGCGUAUAGAACGGUGUCGACGGAUGCCCUGCAGGUCCUUACUGGACUGCCGCCUUUGGACUUGAAAGCAAUUGAGAUGUACUCAAGAUUCCUGAUAUUAAGAGCAAAUCAGAGUGUGACCGUCCACUCUCAGGAAUUCGAUCCUGGCGAUUAUGUCAGCUAUGUAUCGCCCUAUGAGACCCAUCCGGCCUUCAAUGAAGGCAUCAGCUUCGAUCUGCUGGAGCCAACCGGUAAUGGACUUGAAAUUUUUAGUGACGGCUCGGGUCUAAAUGAUCGCAUUGGUUCGGCGAUGGUGGUGCUGUAUUUUGGGCAGCAAAUCCACUCCGAGAGGAGACGGAUGAGUGACCAUUGUACGGUCUACCAAGCCGAGCUGAUCGGUCUCAAGCUAGCCCUAGAGUUCUGCCUCACCCUGACCACUACCAGGGUGGUAAACAUCUAUUCAGACUCUAGAUCGUCCUUACAAUCGCUAGCAGACCCAUCUAACACCCACCCACUAGUAGUGGAAGUUAGAAAACUUUGCCGGAAAGCAAAAGCGGAGAGAAGAGUGCAAUUGCACUGGGUCAAAGCCCACGUCGGUUAUUUCGGAAACGAGUUGGCCGACGCAGAGGCUAAAGCAGCUUCCGAGUUAGAAAAUGUGGACAUAGAAUAUCAGAUGUCCCAGAAGAGCCUAAAAACAGAACUCAAUGUGCUGACGGUUCAGGCGUGGCAGGACAGGUGGGAUCUGUCAGAGAAAGGCAGAACAACUUCCCUAUUCUUACCCCUGGUGAACACGAGACGCCACUUAUGGGGGGACGUAGUGGAACUGCUAAGUGGGCAUGGCAGAUUCCCGGCCUAUCUUUAUAGGUUCGGAAUUGUUGAUGAUGAUCUCUGCUCGUGCGGAGAGGUCGGGGAUGGCGACCACUACUUGCUGAGAUGUCCGCUCACAAGUAGUCUUAGGGCAAGGCUCCGGUUUGUUCCCAGUAAUCGCUCAACGAUGGUUAGUAAAUAUAACUUGUCGAUUCUCUGUCAAAUGGCGAGACAAGUUAGGACCUUCCUGCCACACAUUUCUAGGUAA